GCAAGUCAUAUAGACAAAUUGCCAAUCUUGUUGGUUGUGAUCCCAAUACUGUUGGGAAUGUGUUAAAACGACUUGACAACCCAUCUCAAACAUUACCAGAUCGUCGAGGAAGGCCACCAAUCUUAGAUGAAUCAGCACACAAUCGCUAA